UGCUCAUGGCCCAAGGGGAGGAAUCCAUAGAUACAGCCCCAAGAUGUGUGGGCUCGACGCUUGAGACAUUUAAUUGCUCUGUAGCAGACACUGCACAAAGAGAAAUAGCUGUUUCCAAUGCUCCAGAAGCUGGGACUGCGCAAGACAGCAAUGCUAGCUCUUCCACAGAUAAUCAAGAGGCAUACAAAGGAUCCAAUUUCUUCAAAAGCGCGCAAUGGUCACCGGACGGAACAUGCAUCUUUACCAACAGCGAGGACAAUAAGCUAAGAACAUUCGUCUUACCCGUUGACCUCCUCGAGACUCCCACCACGCACCAUCUGAGCGCCUACUCAACAAUCACAUGUCCCGAGCCAGUCUACGCCAGCGCCCUAUACCCAGGCUUCAACCUUCAAGACGGCGCGACAACUCUGGCACUCAGUUCCAUCCGGGACCACCCCAUCCAACUGCACUCCGCACUAGCACCUACUCUCUUAGCUUCAUACCCACACGUGUGCCCUACCACUGAGAAAUUCAUCACGCCUCACUCCCUCCUCUUUGCUCCAGAUGGCAUUUCCUUUCUCGCAGGGUCGGACAGCCUCAUCUCCAUCUUCGACGUCAACCGGCCCGGCGAAGGCCCGUUCACGCGAAUGCCUACUAUUCCGUCAAAACGGAAAAAGCUCGUCGGCGGCGGUGUCGGGAUGAAAGGCAUCGUCAGCGCGCUCAGCAUGAGUGCUCUCGAUGGACUUGUCGCUGCGGGGACAUUCUCCCGAUGUAUCGGCCUGUACGCCGCGCAGGGCCGAGGGGAUUGCGUCGCCGUUUUCUCCGUCGUGGAUGAAAAAGACCAACGACACGGGCGCGGACUAGCGCAGCGUCCAGAUGACUUGUCUGACCUAUCUACCUCUGUCGAAACCACUGCCGGAACCCGGGACCGGGAGGGGAAUGUACCGCCCCCAAACUACAAAUAUGCUCCCGGCGCAGGGAUCACACAGACCGCCUGGUCCCCUUGUGGACGAUACCUCUAUGUCGCGGAGCGCAAAAGCUCUGGCAUCAUUGUAUACGAUAUCCGUGUGACAGGCCAGAAACUAGGCCGUCUCGAAGGCCGCAGCGCGCAUACGAACCAGCGGCUUGGAAUGGACGUUGUGCGUGUAGACGACACGCAUGAAGUCUGGGCCGGCGGGGACGAUGGCAUGGUGCGCGUCUGGGAAAAUGCAGCGCAAAAGGAAGGCAUCCAGUUCCCGAGCUGGGAGUGGCGUGCGCAUGGCGAUCCGGUUGGCUCGACGGCGGUGCAUCCGUGCGGAACGGUGAUUGCGACGUGUUCGGGCCAGAGAAAGGUAGAGGCGCUGUUUGAGGAGUCAUCAGAUAGCGAAUCUGAUUCUGAGUCUGAGCCUGAGCCUGAGGCCGAGGAUGUAGUCCGCGGGCAAAAGGGAAUGGGGGACAAAGUGGGGAGAGUGAAAAAGAGUAGAGAGAUUCAGCGGGAUAAUUCGCUGAAAAUAUGGAGUAUAUGAAGCAGUAAUGCGCAAUGACGAAUUGAUGACCGCAAACAUGGACAC